AUGGUUCAGGACGGGAAUGGUCUGGCCGGGAUGUGCCCUGGCUACAGCCUUGAGAUUGCAGCUCCCCGAUAUCCGUGCAGUGAGAAUGCGUUCCAUUCGCCGCGACGUGAUGACUCCGACUGUGACGUGCCACAAAUAUCAAUACAGGACAGGGCGGGCUCGAGGAUGCAGGACGUCGUGGCUCUACUCCUCGUCUUGAACACGUUUCGCACGUCCUCAAGUGUUAAAAUGCUGUUAUCCAUAGGAUUUCUGGCCACGGUUCUAUUGCUGUUGCUACACAACUCAACUGCUGAUAUUCUUGGUUGCGACUUCUAUGACACUGUCAAUAUUUCAAGCGCUGAAAAGUUAUCAAACGGAUCGUACCUGUUCGAAGGCCUACUGAUUCCGACUGACUUGGUGGAUGAAUAUAGCUUUAAGGUCCUCGCUGAUGGUUCGAAAUUAAACGUUGGAAAGCAUAUGAGAGGAUGUGUCUGCAAACUGAAGCCAUGCAUCAGAUUUUGCUGCCCCUUUAAUUACAUAAUGAAAGAUAAAAAAUGCGCUCGUGAAAUGUCACCAACGGAACUGGAAAGUCACAAUCGCUACGUGAACGUGACCCUCGGCAACGGGACGGUGGCCAAAAGACACUACAAGGAGGAUCUAAUCGUGCAAUCGGAGGUGCCAUUUUCUUGUGAUGAUGGAGGAGAUUUGCAUCACGCAGACCACUCAAUCCCUGGUAACAACUUCACAAUGUUUGAGAAUGAAACUUUUUUUAGAGCCUGGGACGAGGUGUACUUGAAUAAGCGAGAUUACUGUAUGCAGCACUUCAAAGUGGACGAAAAUAUUCGAAUUGUUCCUCACUUUUGCCUUCCUGCUACCGCGAAAGGGGCGCAGAGCUUUGUAAUGAUGAUAUCAUUGGUGUGCAUUGUUCUGACCAUCAGCGUGUACCUUUACAUCAAGCAGCUACACAAUUUGUACGGAAAGUGUGUUAUGUGCUACAUGGUCUGCCUGUUCAUGACUUUCCUAAUCCUUCUCAUGGAUUUGUGGAACGUGUUUAAACUGAAAUCCACCAUGUGUAUUACAGCAGGAUUUUUGGGCUACUUCUUCGUCAUGGCCGCCUUCUUUUGGCUGUCUGUCAUCAGUCUGCAUCUCUGGAGUUCCUUCCGGAGUUUCUCCAUUUCGCUGUACAGCUUCCUGCCAGAACAUCUAUUUCUGGCCUACAGCUGUUUCUCCUGGGGCAUGGCACUGGCCAUGACCGGGGUCACCAUCCUAGCUGAUAAUGUUAUAAAGAAUGCGGACUGGGCACCUCGCGUGGGCACCAGCCAAUGUUGGAUAUACGCUUCAGAUUACACGGUCUUACUGUACUUCUAUGGGCCAAUGAUAUUGCUGAUUGUCUUCAACAUAACCAUGUUUAUCCUGACCUCUAAACAAAUAGUAAGAGUAAAGAUGGAUGUUGGGAAGCUUAACUCGGACAAAAGAACUUACACGAUGUUCCUGCGUCUCUUUAUCGUCAUGGGAGCGUCGUGGAGCCUGGAGAUUUUGUCCUUCUUUGUUAGUCGUGACUCUUUUUGGUCCAGGGUCUUGAGCAUGGCUGACUACUUUAAUUGGUCCCAGGGUACCAUCAUAUUUGUGCUGUUUAUCUUGAAGUCUAGCACACUAAAACUCUUAAGGGAUCGGUAAGUUAUCUGUUCUGCUGAAAAAAAGCCUUAAC